CGGUAUUGGUGUCGGAUUGUUGGUUUCCUUUCCAUAUGUCAAAAUAAGUCAAACACGGACACUUUCGCUUUCGCUAUAAUUUUUCGUAAUAAAGUAUUUAUUCCUUUAAAGUCAUGCUUAAGACCUUUACCAGUUGCAUUAAAUAAGAAACUUCAUAAAGCGUGUAGUUUAAAUCAAUAAAAUGGAAGUGACGGGUGGUGCUGAAGAGGGUUUCGUAAGGGAAUGGGCCCCUUGUUCGCAUAUUUUAAAUUUAAUUCCUCCGAGAAUACAGACUGGUAUAUUUUCCAACGAGCUGUGUUUAACAUGUGUGGACGCGGUGAGCGAGUACAUAGCGCUGGGCACGAACGUGGGGCUGGUGUACUGGUACGACCGGAAGAAAGGGAACAUACAGAGACUGCGGUGCGAGGCGUCAACAUCUCCAAUAACAUAUGUGAAGAUAGUAAGCACAGUUGACUACAUGGUCGGAGCCGGCAAUGCAGCUGGUCAGGUCACCGUGUUCCAGAUACCUAAGGAACACCCUGAGAAUGUUCCGGAAUCAUUCAAGCCUAAAGUGGAACCUAAGGUUGAAAGGUACACAAUAGGAGAUCUGCACAAGAGUAAAAUCACAGCGAUCGAGUGGUCGAAGAACGGCAUGCGACUAUUCUCCGGCGAUAAGAACGGCGUCAUCAUUAUGACUGAAAUCGACUUUUAUAUGCAUCUUUGCAAAUCAAUGGAGAUUGUGAACGAGGAGCACGAGAUAGUUCAGAUGAGCUACUACCAGAACACGUUGCUGGUGUCCAGCGUGUACCGCAGCAUCGUGUGCCAGCGACGAGACGCGCGCUGGCACGUCAACCAGCUCGGCAAGAAGGAGCGCAAGAGGUCAGUCACACACUCACUAUGUAGUCACGUACAGAACACGUUGCUGGUGUCCAGCGUGUACCGCAGCAUCGUGUGCCAGCGACGAGACGCGCGCUGGCACGUCAACCAGCUCGGCAAGAAGGAGCGCAAGAGGUCAGUCACACACUCACUAUGUAGUCACGUACAGAACACGUUGCUGGUGUCCAGCGUGUACCGCAGCAUCGUGUGCCAGCGACGAGACGCGCGCUGGCACGUCAACCAGCUCGGCAAGAAGGAGCGCAAGAGCCUGUGUGCUCUGGGCGCGGUGUUCCAGCACUCGUACGCUCGCGGCGGGCCCGCCAGCGCCUACUGCGCCCGCGCCGGCCUGCGCCUGUGGCGGGCCGACGCUCAGGGGAAUGUGCUGCAGACCUUACUGUUCAAGGAGGCGAUAUCAAACCCAUUAACAAUAGCGGAGCUCCUAAACCCUCGUUCACACAAGCCGAGUACCCCGAUAGAACAUAACCUGGGUCCCCUGCAUGUGUUCCGGGAACAUUUCCUCGUGUCACACAACGACCACGUACUCUAUAUCCUCGACCCGAGGUCACUUACUGCCGUCGCCGUCGUCGAUGACCUUAGAAGAAUUCUGUCAGUAUCAGUGAACAAGGACGAGAUAUUCGUCCUGGAAGGUCCGCGGUCGCUCGUCCGCCUCGCGCACGCGCCCGAGCCCGCCGCCAUGCUGCCAGAGGAGCCGAUAAACAUGAUGACGAAAUCCCUAACGACGUCUAUCCAGCAAGCCGUGAACACUGUCCGAGACUUGACACACCUCGACCAGACCGUGCCCUACAUAUCCAGUGUGCUCGAACAACCCAUCUCCAUGUUCACGAAGAACGAGCUCAUUGAUACGGGAGCCGUCGCCAGCGCUGAGGAGUGCUUCGAACUUCCCCCCAUCAAACACCUCCCACUCGAUCUCUCGGAGAACGUUCUCGAAUCUAUCGUCAACGAGUUCCGAGACGUCUCCAGCGACGCCGAAGAGAUUAGACGAGUCAAAACAGAAGAAUUGCAAAGAAAGUUGAAGUUGUAUAACAGUAUAAUGGAGAAGAAGUAUGAUGGGGAGUUGAUACAUAGUAGUAGGCGGAGUCGGCGGCGUGAGGGCGGGUCCGGGGGGAGUACACCGCGGCUGGCCACGCCUGUCAGGAAGCCGCCUGAUACUGUCAGCUAUACCAGCCCCUGUGUUAUGAAUAUUAGUGUUUACGGAAACAUACCUCAACAGAACGACGAACUCCUGGAGAAGCAGAUAGAAGAAAAAGAGAAGAUCCUCGCCAAGAUGUUAAACCUGGAGUCGCUCUCCAUCGACAGCCCGAAGCCCGAGGCGCAGUCCCCGCCGGCCCCCGCGCCCGUAUUCCGACAAAUCGACAUACAACCCGCGGAGGUACCCAAACCUGUGCACAAAGUCACUAAAACCCCCAUUAAAGACCCCAAUCCCAUAGAUCUAGUCCCCAAAGUAGUCCAAUUACCCAACACCUGGAAUUUGGAAAGUAUAGAACUGAAAUUGGACUCGAAACACAACGGUUUCAAAGACCGGUCGUUGCUAUCUCCCGAUGAAAACUUGGACAGCGAGUGGGAAAUAAUCUGAUACAAAAUGAUGUCCAAGUCUGGUUUGUUUUACACCUUAUGAAGAUACCAGAUUUUUGUUGUACAAUCCUGCUUUUAUAUUUAGUAAAAUUGCAAUAGAUUUGGGUAAUCUCUAACCGAUAUUAUUUGUUCCUAUAUAAAUGGAUUGUACAGCUGUAAAAGAAUCUUUAGUGUCUUAUGAUUAGUAUUUCUAAUUAAUAUUUACAAGAUACUCUGCCGUUAUGAUAAAACGUUUCACAAAGACAAACCUUCAAGUGUCCUGUCAUGUUGUCGUCGACCACAACAAGCCUUGAACUUUUAUAGGAAGGCUGAUAUUUAAAGGGGUAGUUAAAAAAUACUCGUAUCCAGUUUUCACUACUCAUAACGGCGGGAAAAUCGAUAAACAUAAGUAUUUAAGCAAUGUUUUCUAUACUCACAUAAUUAACACAAUUUGUAGCUUUUGUGAUUUUUCACCUAAAUUAAUUAAAUUUAAUUCGCAAUUGGUGCAAAUGCAUCAGUGUGUAAUAUUGAUAUUAAAAAAAUAUACACCUUUAAUAUAUCGUGGAUCAAACUUAUGAGUAAGUGAUAGUUUAAAUAUGUAUUAAUGCAAAUUAUAGGAUAUUUGUCGCCAUUCAUAUCACAACAAAAUCUAAAAGCAACUA